AAUUGAACUACUUGAAGAGACGUGGUCCCUCGCAGCAUCAAAUCACAACACAAACCCCUAGGAAGCGUCUUACAGGGGCUACUGUCCAUUUGAGUAACAACCUUCACCACAAUCGCAGCUCGCUGCACUUCAUCCACCCACAAUUAUGGCAACCAAAGAUCCCCUUACUCAAAUCCCCUUUUCAGAACCCGCCUGGCUCUCCGGUCUCCCCUCUCCCUUCUACAAAGAAACACACCAAAAAUUCCAAAAAGCAUGCCGAGCAUGGUUCGAAGAACACUUCACCCCCUACGCCAUCGAGUGGGAAAACGCAGGAAACCUCCCCGACGACCUCUUCGCAAAGUUCAACAAAUUCAACAUGUUACUCCCAAACAUGCCUUCACCAUUACCAGUCGAAUGGCUCCAUCGCGAGGGAAUCAAAGAUAUCCUAGGGACACCGGUCGAAGAAUGGGAUCUCACACAUACAGCGAUUUGGAUCGAUGAAGUCAAUCGUUGUGGUGUGGGCGGACCAUCUUCAGGCUUGACAGCAGGUUUCGCGUACGGCAUUCCUCCGAUUGUGAAAUAUGGAUCUCAGAAACUGAAAGAGAAGUUCUUGCCUGAUCUUUUGACUGGAAGGAAAAGGACUUGUAUUGCGAUCACGGAGCCUAGUGCUGGGUCGGAUGUGGCGAAUAUUCAGACUACGGCCGAGAAGAGCAAGGAUGGGAAAUUUUAUGUUGUGAAUGGCACGAAGAAGUGGAUUACGAAUGCGAUUUGGAGUGAUUAUGCUACUAUGACGGUUAGGACGGGUGGAUCGGGGCCUGGGGGAUUGAGUAUGCUGGUUGUGCCGCUCAAGGUGAAAGGGGUGGAGAUGAGGAGGUUGUACGUUACUGGAAGUAAGACUGGGGGUACGACGUUUAUUGAGUUGGACGAUGUUAAGGUUCCUGUGGAGAAUUUGGUGGGUGAGGAGGGCAAGGGGAUGUAUUAUGUGAUGAAUAACUUCAACCACGAAAGACUGACAAUCGCAAUCGGCGUCACGCGACAAGCUCGUGUCGCGCUGUCCACCGCAUUUGCAUAUGUUCUAAAGCGCGAAGCUUUCGGAAAAGCACUCAUCGAACAACCCGUCGUGCGACAUCGACUCGCGAAAGCAGGAGCUCAGCUCGAAAUGCUACAAGCCUGGCUCAACGAGUUCCUAUGGCAAAUGCGAUAUCUCCCCAAGAGCGAAGCAGACGUACGACUAGGCGGCCUGACUGCGCUGGUCAAAGCUACAGCAGGAAUGAUCCUGAACGAAUGCGCACAAACUGCUGUCUUGCUGUUCGGUGGCAAUGGGUUCACUCAGAGUGGUCAGGGUGAACUCGUGGAGAAGAUCUAUAGGGAUGUAAUGGGAGCGCGUAUUCCCGGCGGCAGUGAGGAUGUUAUGCUCGAUUUGGCUGUGAGACAGCUUGUGAAGAAUUAUCAGAGGGCGAUCAAGGCGCUUGAGCAGGAUGGCAAGUCGAAGUUGUAGAUGUAGAUGUAGAUGUAUAGAAUCACCAGUGUCAGUCUUAUGCACCU